UGCGGCGGCGCGGGGGCAUCGUGGACCAGCGCGACGUGGUGCGGGCGCACCAGGCGCACAAGAUCCAGAGCACGCCGCAGGCACGCAGGAAGGAAUGGGAAAUGGCCCGUUUUGGGGAGGACGUACCCAAUGUGAUGGAGUCCGGAGAGGGUGCAACGGAGCCCGCAGCGGAAGGUCAGGGAGACGCAGAAUCGACGGGCGAAAUGAAACAAGCAAAAGCUCAGCGGGCUCGCACUAUGGCCCUUUACAAUCCCAUCCCAGUCAGACAGAACUGCUUCACUGUCAACAGGUCCCUUUUCAUUUUUGCUGAGAACAACAUCAUCCGUAAAUAUGCAAGACGGUUCAUAGAGUGGCCUCCGUUUGAGUACAUGAUCCUCUCCACCAUCAUUGCCAACUGCAUCGUGCUCGCCCUGGAACAGCACCUCCCUGGGGAGGACAAGACACCCAUGUCCAAACGACUGGAGAAAACGGAGCCCUACUUCAUUGGCAUCUUCUGCUUCGAGUUUGGGAUCAAGCUGGUGGCCCUGGGCUUCGUGUUCCACAAGGGCUCCUACCUGCGGAACGGCUGGAACGUUAUGGACUUCAUUGUGGUGCUCAGCGGGAUUUUGGCCACAGCGGGGGCUCACAUGAACAUCCCAGUGGACCUGCGAACGCUGAGGGCAGUACGGGUGCUGAGGCCUCUCAAACUGGUCUCUGGGAUCCCCAGCCUGCAGAUCGUGCUGAAGUCCAUCAUCAAGGCCAUGGUGCCGCUGCUGCAGAUCGGCCUGCUGCUCUUCUUCGCCAUCCUCAUGUUCGCCAUCAUCGGCCUGGAGUUCUACAGCGGCAAACUGCAUCACACCUGCCUGUCAGCUCCCGACAUCCUCGAAAAUGAGACAGUGGACUCGACAGAGGUGGAUUUCGCCUGCGGGGUGAGAAGGUGUCCUGAUAAGUACGACUGCACGGGCUCGUGGAUCGGCCCCAAUGAUGGCAUCACGCAGUUCGACAACAUCCUGUUUGCCGUGCUCACCGUGUUCCAGUGCAUCACAAUGGAGGGCUGGACAGCCGUCCUCUACAACACCAAUGAUGCGCUGGGCAGCUCCUGGAACUGGAUGUACUUCAUCCCACUCAUCAUCAUCGGCUCCUUCUUCGUGCUGAACCUGGUGCUGGGAGUGCUGUCUGGGGAGUUUGCUAAGGAGAGGGAGCGGGUGGAGAACCGGAGGGCCUUCAUGAAGCUGCGGCGCCAGCAGCAGGUGGAGCGAGAGCUCAACGGCUACCGCGCCUGGAUCGACCGCGCAGAGGAGGUGAUGCUCGCCGAGGAGAACAAGAACUCCGGGAGAUCGGCUUUAGACGUUCUUAAGCGAGCCACCAGUAAGAAAAAUGCGAGGCGCCGGGGACCAGGAGAAGAUAAAUACUCGGAGAUCUCUACUGUGGGUGGGCCUCGUCCACGGGUGGGCAUCCGCGCGGCGCGGCGCGGCCCGGCUGCGUACAUGAGGCGCAAGGAGCGCAUGCUGCGCAUCUCCAUCCGCCGCAUGGUGAAGACCGACUCCUUCUACUGGGUGGUGCUCAGCCUGGUGGCCCUCAACACCAUCUGCGUGGCCAUCGUCCACCACAACCAGCCCGACUGGCUCACCAUAUUCCUGUACUAUGCAGAGUUUGUGUUCCUGGGCCUGUUUCUCGCUGAGAUGUUCCUGAAGAUGUAUGGCCUGGGGUUCCGACUGUAUUUCCACUCGUCCUUCAACUGUUUUGACUGUGGGGUGAUUGUUGGCAGUAUCUUUGAAGUCGUGUGGGGAUUCUUUCGGCCCGGCGUGUCCUUCGGAAUCAGCGUUCUCAGGGCACUUCGACUCCUGAGGAUCUUUAAGAUAACCAAGUACUGGGCAUCCCUCAGGAACCUGGUGGUGUCUCUCAUGAGCUCCAUGAAGUCCAUUAUCAGCCUCCUCUUCCUCCUCUUCCUCUUCAUCGUGGUGUUUGCUCUUCUGGGCAUGCAGCUCUUCGGUGGCAGGUUCAUCUUUGAAGAUUACACCCCCACCAACUUUGACACAUUUCCGGCGGCCAUCAUGACUGUGUUUCAGAUCCUGACGGGGGAGGACUGGAACGAGGUGAUGUACAACGGCAUCCGCUCCCAGGGAGGCGUGCAGUACGGCAUGUGGUCCUCCAUCUACUUCAUCGUCCUCACGCUGUUUGGGAACUACACACUGCUGAAUGUCUUCUUGGCCAUCGCUGUGGACAAUCUGGCCAAUGCUCAAGAACUAACAAAGGAUGAAGAGGAGGAAGAGGAGUUCUUCAACCAGCGGUUCAAGGGCCGAGAGUUUGGCCUGUCUGAAAGGAGACGAAGGCCAUACCUGUACAGGAAGCGAGCCAUCCACCGAGGCCGGCCGGCCCCCGGCGAGGAAGAGGAGGAGGAUGAGCCGCCCCCGCCUCGGUUGGGGGCCCGCCGGGGUAGGGGCCGGCCGCCGCCGCCGCCGCCGUCCGAAGAGCAGUCGGGCAACGGCGGCGUCGACAACCGCCGCGAGCGGCGCAAGAAGUCCGUGUGGGAGCAGCGCACCAACCAGCUGCGCAAGCGCCGGCAGGUGGCCAGCCGUGAGGAGCUGUUCGGCAGCCCCACCGAGGACAACAACGACACGCCGACGGGCGGCCACCACCUGGCCCACGCGCCCUCCCUCUCGCCCGAGACCAGCCCGGGGCACCUGCCCGAGUCGCCCAUGUCCAUGGCCAUGCCCCUGCCCGAGCCGCCCAUGUCCAUCCCGAUGCCCGAGCCCCCCGAGUCGGAGCGCCCGCUGCCGCCGCUGGCCUGCGUGGUCGAGGAGCGGUCGACGUCGGGCGGCGGGCACCGGCCCAACACCGAGCGCAGGCACCGCGUGGCCAGAAAGUUCCGCGCCGCCGCCGUGGCCGCCGGCAUGGAGGGCGGCGAGAGCCGGCACCGGAGACACCGGCACCGGGAGGGCCGCAGCCGAGAGUCGCCCACGCAGGCCGAGGGGGCGGACCGGAAGACCCCAGAGGCCGGCGGGGUCGAAGGAGCCGCGCAACCAGAGGACGGAGCAAGCCAGGCCGAGAGGGGAGGAGAUGGACAAAGCGAGCCCCUGCCUGAUGUGGUGUCUGCUGAGUGUGCGGAGGCCCAGCCGCUGAUGGGGCCGGAGGGCGGUGACGCGGCGCCGGACCAGCAGGGGCAGGAUGGAGCGCUGGAGCUGGCCUACCUGAGCACAGGUGGAGGCACCAGCAGCGUGGAGAACUCCAGCGGCUACCUGAACCAGGCGGAGCCCGCCACCGACACCAGCGUGGUCAUCGAGAUGUCCGGUGCACAGCCACUGCUGGAGCUCACGCCCAUGACUGUGGGUCAUCCUAGAAAGACGUUAGGCCAAAGACAUCAGAGAGUGAACUUUAAGGAGAUGGAGGUAUCGCACUCGGACCGCAGUGAGAGGGAGGAAGAGGAUGGCGAGAACGAAGGGGAGGCUCCCAAGUCGCCCAAAGCAGUGGCGCCGGACAGCAUGUUCAUCUUCAAGGCCUCCAAUCCGCUGAGAAGGAUAUGCCACUAUGUGGUGACCCUCCGCUACUUUGAGAUCACCAUCCUCCUGGUGAUUGUGGCCAGCAGCAUAGCCUUGGCUGCAGAGGACCCGGUCAGCACCAACUCGGAGAGAAACAAAGUGCUGAGAUACUUUGACUACGUCUUUACCGGGGUCUUCACAUUUGAGAUGAUUAUAAAGAUGAUCGACCAGGGCCUGAUUCUGCAUGAUGGCUCAUACUUCCGGGACCCGUGGAAUUUUCUGGAUUUCAUUGUGGUGGUGGGAGCGCUGAUAGCUUUUGCUCUGACCAAUAACAAGGGCCGCGACAUCAAAACCAUCAAGUCUCUGCGUGUCCUCCGAGUUCUCCGGCCCCUGAAGACCAUCAAGAGGCUCCCCAAACUGAAGGCCGUGUUUGACUGUGUGGUGACCUCCCUGAAGAACGUCUUCAACAUCCUCAUCGUCUACAAGCUCUUCAUGUUCAUCUUCGCCGUCAUUGCUGUGCAGCUCUUCAAGGGGAAGUUCUUCUACUGUAAUGAUAGCUCAAUGAACACGGAAAAGGAAUGCCAAGGCUACUACAUCGACUACUCCAGAGACAGGAAGGAGGUGAAGAGACGGGAGUGGAGGAGGCACGAGUUCCACUACGACAACGUCAUGUGGGCGCUGCUCACCCUCUUCACCGUGUCCACCGGAGAGGGCUGGCCGCAGGUCCUGCAGCACUCGGUGGACGUCACGGACGAGGACCACGGGCCCAGCCGCGGCAACCGCAUGGAGAUGUCCGUCUUCUACGUGGUCUACUUCGUGGUCUUCCCCUUCUUCUUCGUCAACAUCUUCGUGGCCCUCAUCAUCAUCACCUUCCAGGAGCAGGGUGACAAGAUGAUGGAGGAGUGCAGCCUGGAGAAGAACGAGAGGGCCUGCAUUGACUUUGCCAUCAGCGCCAAGCCCCUGACGCGGUACAUGCCCCAGAACCGCCAGACCUUCCAGUACCGCAUCUGGCACUUUGUGGUGUCGCCCUCGUUCGAGAACACGGUUCUGGUCAUGAUCGCUCUCAACACGGUGGUGCUUAUGAUGAAGUUCUACUCUGCUCCCCCGGCCUACGACACCGUCCUGAAGCACCUGAACACAGCCUUCACCGUACUCUUCUCGUUGGAGUGCAUCCUCAAGAUCAUGGCCUUUGGCCUUGUGAACUACUUUCGGGACACAUGGAACAUCUUUGACUUCAUCACGGUGUUGGGCAGCAUAACGGAGAUUGUAGUGGAUUUACAGUCCAUCAACGCCUUCAACAUGAGCUUCCUGAAGCUGUUCCGAACAGCCAGGCUCAUCAAGCUGCUGAGGCAGGGCUACACCAUCCGCAUCCUUCUCUGGACCUUUGUGCAGUCCUUCAAGGCCCUUCCAUAUGUUUGUCUGCUCAUUGCCAUGCUGUUCUUCAUCUAUGCCAUUAUUGGCAUGCAGGUGUUUGGGAAUAUCAAGCUGAAUCAUGAGAGCCACAUCAACCAGCACAACAACUUCAAGACCUUCUUCGGCGCCCUGAUGCUGCUCUUCAGGAGUGCGACGGGGGAGUCGUGGCAAGAGAUCAUGCUGUCGUGUCUGGCGGGGCGGGAGUGUGAGCCGGACCCCUCCAUCGCUCCCCCCUUCACGUCCCCUGACCACCAGGGCGGCUGCGGCACCGACUUCGCCUACUUCUACUUUGUGUCCUUCAUCUUCUUCAGCUCGUUCCUGAUGCUGAAUCUCUUUGUGGCUGUGAUCAUGGACAACUUUGAAUAUCUGACCCGCGACUCCUCCAUCCUGGGCCCUCACCACCUGGAUGAGUUUGUGCGCAUCUGGGGGGAGUAUGACCGCGCUGCCUGUGGCCGGCUCCACUACACGGCCAUGUACGAGAUGCUCACCCACAUGUCCCCUCCACUCGGCUUAGGGAAGAAGUGCCCAGCCAAAGUGGCCUACAAGAGGCUUGUCCUGAUGAACAUGCCCGUGGACGAAGACAUGACGGUCCACUUCACCUCGUGUCUCAUGUCUCUCAUUCGCACGGCCCUGGAGGUGAAAAUAGCCCGAGGCGGAGAGGACCGGGUGCAGCUGGACACGGAGCUUCAGAAGGAGAUCAGCAUCAUUUGGCCGCACCUCUCACAGAAGACGCUGGACCUGCUCGUGCCCCUCAACAAAGACACAGACAUGACAGUGGGGAAGAUCUACGCCUCCAUGAUGAUCAUGGACUACUUCAAGCAGAACAAAGCCAAGAAGCUCAGACAGCAGCUGGAGGAGCAGAAGAACAGUCCCACUCUGCCUCUCAUCACACACAGUGCUGGCUCAGCCUUGACGAGAGGAGGGUUCAUUGCUCUGAGCCCCAUCUCACCACAGGAGCUGUUCAUGCAGCCCAUGACUCAAAACCUGGAAGACAGCCACUCUCUGGUGGGGGGCUUUGCCUCCCUGGUCCUCCCCGCCCGGGGCCUGUUUAUGCGGGCGUCCUCCAUGCCCCGUCUGGCUGUAGAAGCACAGGUGGACGUCGACAGCAGCGUGAUGAAGCGCUCGUCCUCCACGGUGGGGGAGCAGGGUGUGAAUGGCUUAUGGCGCGAGGGCUGCUCCCCGGAGCGCGUCUACAGACCGAGACACAAGAGCUACAAGGCUGCAGUGUCCCGCUCGGACCCGUGGCAGCAGGGCGAGCGCGAGAAGGAGCGCGGGCGAUCCAAGGAGCGCCGCCAUCUGCUCUCCCCAGACACGUCGCGCUGCAACUCGGAGGACAGGAGCCCCCAGCCCCGCUCACGCUCCCCCAGCCCGGAGACGGCCCGGCCCCCCAUCAGACAGGGUAACAGCUCGGACAGCCCUGUCCCCUCCACGUCUGAGUCCAGCACUCCGAGCGUCCGGCGGCCCUCGUCCCAGACGCCGACGCGCUCGCGGCCCCACAUCUCCUACUCGCCCCUGGUGUGCCGCACGCAGGCCUCCUUGCUGGCCGAUGCUGAUGAUGACGACGACGACGAAGAAGGCCAGGGGGUCGCCCAGCGGACGGAAGUACGGAUCAGGGAGGCCUCGUGGGACGCCGGAGGAGAAGAAGAGGAGGAGGAGGAGGAAGGGGAGGAGGAGGAGGAGACGGCCAUGGGAGGGCGGGCGGACACAGACAGGGACAGCGACGACUACCUGUGCUCGGCGGUCCCGCGCCGCUGCCCCUCGGAGCCCUUCCUGGCCCUGCCGGACGACGAGCACAGCCCCGACCCCUCGGGCCCCAUGGAGACGCUGACCUUCGAGGCGGCCGUGGCCACCAGCCUGGGCCGCUCCAACACGGUCAGCGCCUCGGUGCGCACGCGCUCCCGCCUCGGCUGGCAGAUCCCCAACGGACACUUCCGCAAGCGGCUGGCCCAGAGCGCCUCCACGGCCAGCUGCGGCCACCUCAGCGACACGGAGGAGGAUGACAAGUGCUAGAGAGGGAAAGAACGGAUGGAGAGGUGAGAGAGAGAGAGAGAGAGAGGGAGAGGAGGGAGAGGAAGAGGGAGAGGCAGGUACAGCACACUUGUAAAAUCAAUUGUACUAUCGGACUCAAACCAGAGCAGAUGUAUUCAUAGCUAUUGACACAUGAGCAAACUCAAACACUUAACACUAAGCUCGCGAGCAGUUGUAUGUGGCGCACAGGGAUUCACUCAAGCCAUCAUUGCAAGACUGAAGUUUGGUCUGGAGAGCGAUCGGAGAAUAGAGGCAAUAUGGCUGUUGCCAUGAGAUGUGGAAGUGUACGAGUGACGUUCUGUGCAAUAUUGCUGUUGUUUGUGUUGGAGGGCUGCUGCCUCGGGCCUUAGUGUUGGAAGCUGUCGGAGAGAGAGAUGUCGCCAAACACUAGGACUCAUUUGGAACAUGGCAUUGCACAAAAACGAAUGCCCUUUAAAUGAAUAGUAUCAAACGAUGAUAUCUUAGAUGUAGAUGUUGGAUAGAUUGAAGUACAAUAUUGCAUUACAUCAAGUUUAUUUAUUAUUAUAAAUUGCAAUUCAAAUAUGAAGGUAUUUAUGUAAUAUACUGCUUCAGGGUUAAUGUGAAGACAUUGUGAGAGACUGUGUGUAUGUGAAUAUGUAUACGUGAUUUUCAGAGAGAGAGACAUGAGAGAUGUACUGUAUGAUCUUAUUUGUUGUACAUCACAUAAAGGGAACUAAAGUCUAAAAGCCAUUAUUAUGAAUAAUAUAGCCUAUAAAUUUGCAAGCCAUCUACCUGAUUCGAUCAGCAAUCUCCAUACAGAGCUUCAGUCAGAGAUGGGGCACGUCUGCACCCCACAUCCACUUGAAUUAGAUAUUUAAAUGUGGUGAAAAACUCACUGCCAAAGCACUGCCACAGAGAAUUUUUGUUUUUCUAUUUGAAAAGCUGGAGUAAUAAGACUGAAUUCUGUAUGUAUAGAUCACAGGUGAAAUUCUUAAUGAGUGGUUCUUGAUUUAACCUUGGUUGUGUCCAGUGGUGAAGUUGGGCCAAACUUGCAAUAGCUUUGUUCUGCUUGUUUUUGAGCGAGAACAUGUAUAUACGUGCUUUAAUUCCAUGACUCCAUAUUUCCUUAUUGUUUAAUAAUGGAGAGUUAUUGCUGUCCACUGCUCCCAUAUUGACCCAUUUGUACAGCAUCAUUUUAUGUGAUCAAUUUAAUCAACAAAGUCACAUGUACGUAUAAAAGCUAAGUGAUUUUUUGCCAGUUGUUUAUUAUAACAUUUUGGAUCUUAACUGUACAGUCUUGCACAAUCAACAACAUCCUGUGUCCUGGUUAGACAACCAGGGUUUCAGAACUUACGUCUGAGGUGUUUAUCUGAAACACAGGGCUCAAAGGGACGACCUCAGCUGUUCGCCUCAUUCUAUAUAGAGAUGUUACAUGCUUGUUUUUAAUCUGUGAUAUGGACAGUUGGUGCUCUCACUCCAGCUGUUCAAGAAUGCAGUUCAUUGCUUACUUUCCUGCUGGUUGUUCACAGGAAGCAUGGAAAAAUAAUCCAGUUCUGUUAUCGGACUGACUUGUUGAUGUUGGAACAGUCUACGAAGUGCACUGGCACAUAAAAAAAAAAGCUAGAAGACACUUUGAACUUGAAAGAAAAGGAUUGUGCACUGCGAUUUUAGAAUAUGUUUUCUGUGGUGAUUCUGUGUUUCAGUUUUCAAUGUAAAGGACCAACUAAGUGAAUUGAUGCCCGGUAAUAAAGUGAAAGCCCAGCUUGUUA